AUGGCCAGCUGCAUCUGGUGUCAGCUGGUGGUGUCAGAAGAAACUUUCCAGCCAACAUCGCUUUCCACAUUAUUUGAUGCUGCAUCAGACUGCACAACAGGUGAUAAGAUCACUUGUGAUUCUCCUUUGCGGCUUGCAACAGUCCACGAAGCAGAGUUCUCAAAUCAAAAUGAAGGUGCAUGUCUAACUGACAUGGUACUCAAUGAUGUCGAUGCACCCAAAACCCCCUCCAUGGAUGAAAAAGGCCCUGCUGAUGGCUUGCUAGCAAGUCAAGCUGAAGAUUUAUAUGAGACUUAUGCAGAUCCGUUGCGAACCCGUGAAAGCAAGGAUGUUCACGAGAAUUCCACUGAUGAUAUGCUAACUCGUCCAACUGAGACCCGGGAUCUGAGCGUAAGUGCUGUGUUACAACAUGAAUGUGACGACCUUUAUCAACAGCCAGCAUUUGCGGUUACGGCAUGCCAAGCAUUUGAUGCAGAAGCAGACGGCAUAGAAGAGAACGGGCAACUACAUUCUCCUGCACAUGCGAUCGGGGGCUCAGAUGCAGAGCUGUUUCCAUCACUGUCAAAAACGUCAGACAUCGUGAAGCCAUUUGAGGAGUCUACUGAAAGCGAUACAGCUUUUCCUGAAUCCGGGCAGCUCAUUGAGUCUCUACCGCAGAAUUCCACAGCGAAGCUGACGACGGGGGAUCACAAUAUCGAUGUGCUGAAAAAACCCCUUGGUGAUCAACAGCUUUGUAAGCCAGCUGGAGAGCCAAUGCAGCUCGCCAUGUCAAUGAUGGCAACUGGUUCAGAACCAGAAUGCCUGGAUUCAAGUGUUUCUCCGUGGGUUCAGUACACAACCAGCAAGGAUAUGGAACCAAGUGGGCUGGUUUUGGGCUACGAUGCCCGUACAGAAAAAUCGUUGACCAACGAAGCUGAUGGUCCGGAUAAGCCAAAGUCAGCAGUCAUGGCUGACCAUUUGAUUGGCACCAAUGAAAACGUCAUACAAGAAAAUGCAAAUCUGUCCGAGACUUCUGAGGAAACCGAUAGCAUUCUUGAAGUUCGUGGCACCAAACGAAGUGACUGUUUGGGUUUGGAGGGGCAUCCUCUGGAUGAGCCGAACGAGAGCACUUGUGGAGACGUUUAUUCUAAGCGGUUGAAGACCACUGUGAUCUCAAGAAACAAUGCCCGUGGAGGUUCCCUUCAGCCUACUUGCCGCAUGUCACUUGAUGAGUGGCUAGGAUCAGGAUCUCGUUCAGAUAUUAAGGAACUUGUGGAGGGCCAGCAUCUGGAGCAGCAAAUUGUGCCCCUCGCUGGGAAAUCGGAUACCGAUCAAGAUAAACUCAUUGGUGUUCCCAUAUCCCCAUAUGCUGAGUCAGCAUCUGCAGGUUUAUGUGUAUCUGGGCCUCAAACUGUGAACAGCAAUGAUAGCUCAUCUCAGAUUCAGGUGCCCUUGAAGCCGGAUGGUACAAACGUGGAAGAAAUCCGUGUGGAGGCCCUUGAAUCACCAUCUAUGCCAGCAAUGGUGGCAUCAGCAGUGCCCCUGGACUUGCCAUGCCACAAAUCAGCUACUACACAGUUGCCGGUGGACGGGGAGGGAGCGGCAAACGACCUGCCUGCUCAGAUGUGCAACCAACCAAUUUCGAUGCCCCUCUCCGGUGAAGCUGUCAGAUGCCUUCAUUCAGAAGAUGUUCCUGUUGGACCACAUGCAGAGAUCCUGACUGGGGCAGGCUCAACACUCACAAAAGAGAUUGUGGUCGAAAAUGUUGCUGGAAUUUCCAUCACUGCUAUCGAAAACGAGCAAGAUGGAUUGCAGAAGCCGACAAACUCAGGGGAAUCAAGUAGUGGCCCACUCCAUCAGGGUAUUGUCGACUCUACAAGUGAGGGAGCCAAAAAAGGGAGAAAGGGCAAAGGCACUCGUGCACUACAGAGGCCUGAGAGAAACUCGGCUGGAUCGAAGACAUGCGGGUGCAGCAUCAUGUAG